GACAAAUCUCCACCGCACAUCUCGUAACUCCCACCUUUUUCCGAUGGAGGGGCCACGGCUUCCUCCUUCCGCCACCGCCACUGCCACCACCCCUGAAUCCGAUGAUGACAAGCCCGAUGAUCCUCCUUCCGUCUGGCACCGUCCAACCUCCAGCCUCCCUUCAUUGCCCUCUCAAGAUCCUCCAUCACAACAUUGGCGUAAUCAUUCUCUUAAUCUCUCUCCAUUACCGACCACAACUCCCUCGCCUCUUCUUCAUCCGGAUUCAAUCCCUGAGCUAGAGACGUACGUUGUCCAAGUCCCGAGAGAUCAAGUCUAUUGGACCCCUCCUCCGGAAAACGCAAAAUAUAUCGAAAAACGAAGCAAUAACCCGGAGAAAAACAAAAAGAAAGGGUGUUCUAAACGUCUUAUGUGGUUCUUCAUCAUCUUGGUUGUUUUCGGAUUCAUCCUCGGUGCAAUCACUCUCAUCCUCCAUCUUGCAUUUAAGCCUACUCUUCCUGUUUUCGCGGUCGAGGGAGUAACCGUAAAGCCUAGUACUUUCGAGGUGACAAUGAGAGCCGAUAAUCCAACGUCUAACAUGGGGGUACGCUAUGUGAUGAAAAAGAACGGGGUCGUUUCCUUAACGUACAAGAACAAGAGCCUCGGAACCGGAAAAUUUCCGGGGUUGUCCCAAGCCGCAUCUGGAUCCGACAAGGUUAAUGUGAAGCUUAAUGGUUCGACCAAGAACGCAGUUGUACAACCUCGUGGCUCGAAACAACCAUUGGCUAUGAUGCUGACGAUGGAGCUGAAGGCUGAGUAUGAAGCAGGGCCGAUCAAACGGAACAAGGAAGUGUCGGUGAGUUGUGAUGUUAAGGUUAAGGGAUUAUUAGAUGGGAAGAAGGUUGAGAUUGUGUCGGAGAAUUGCGAGAGUGAGUUCAAGAACUGACACUUGCUCUAUAUAUAAUUUUUUAUACAUAAUAUGAUUGUGUCGUUAGAGUUACAAUGUGCUUAAUUCAUUUAUACUUUCUAUGUAACGUUCAAUUGUUCAUUUUUUUCUUCUUCCUAAUGUCUUUGUUUCUACUUUAUAUUGUUAAGCGACUAA